CUCAAGCGGUCAAUUUCAAACUUGACAGGUUGGCGGGAUGGUUUUGUUGGCUGCCUCUAUAUGUACUCGCGAUGGCAAAGCUUUGGUAUCCCGACAGUUUGUGGAAAUGACGAAGGCAAGAAUCGAAGGAUUAAUAGCAACGUUUCCAAAGCUUCUGGGAACAGGUAAACAACAUACAUUUGUGGAAACAGAAUCUGUACGAUAUGUUUAUCAACCUUUGGAAAGAUUGUAUGUCCUCCUGAUAACUACCAAAGCUAGCAAUAUACUCGAAGAUUUAGAGACGUUACGACUUUUUGCACGAGUGAUACCAGAAUAUGCUUGUGGUACCGAUGAAAACGAUAUAUUGACACAUGCCUUUCAACUUAUUUUCGCAUUCGAUGAAAUUAUAGCUCUAGGCUAUAGAGAAGAUGUAAAUCUGUCACAAAUUCGAACAUACACUGAAAUGGAUUCACAUGACGAACGUAUUUUCCGUGCUGUUCAGGAGAAUAAAGAACGUGAUGCAAAGGAGCAGAUGAAGCAGAAGGCACGUGAACUACAACAGGCUCGAUUAGAAGCUUCAAAGCGCUCGGGUGGUAUGAGUCUUUCAGGAUUUCCUAACUAUCAUGGUGGAACAGGAAUGGGCAGUCUUUCAAAUGACUUAAAUGAACCUCGUGUGAUCGUAAUGAAAGAUCGUUCAGGAGAUAAUAAUGUGGAUAGUUUAGGCUUGCCUGCUGCUACAAAUACACCAACUAUCCUAGCAUCAGUUAAACGAAGUGGUAUGCAACUUGGCGGUCAAGGUGGUCAAGGUGGUUUGAAAAGCAUUGAUCAAUUUGUGAAUCGUUUAAAAGCUGAAGGUGAAAUAGUCAAUGAUGAAGAUAUUAUGAAAUUAGUCAAUAAAUCAGAUGGAACAGAUAAUUUACUGAAUAGUAAUUUCAAUUCUGCAUUGAGUCAAACAACUCAUGUUAAAAAAGAAAAUUUGCAUUUACGAAUUGAAGAGAAAUUAAUCGUUCAAGCUGGUCGUGAUGGUGGUUUAGAAAGUAUGGAAUUACAAGGUACAAUGUUUGCACAAGCUAUCACCAAUGAAGCAUGUGAAGCUAAAAUUAAAGUUGAUACAAGUUCAUGUACAAAUCCAUCCAAUGAACAUCGGCCACCUGUUCAACUUCAAACACAUCCUAAUAUUGAUAAGAAAGUAUUUAUGACACAAUUAGACUGGCGUAUACCGAUAGUGAACAGUGAUAGCUCAUCUGGUUCCUUGGAAUUCACAUUAAAAACAGAACGUGGUGCAAAAGCUGACCAAUUUUUCCCGUUGAAAUUAAAUUUUGGCUCAAGUAAAUCAUAUUGUGGAAUUCAGAUUAUGGAAGCAACUAUAAGCAAUCAAAAUAUCCCAAUCAAUUUUUCUUAUGAAUCGAAUUUUCAUACGGAAAAAUAUGAAAUUAAUUAAUUUGACUGUAAUUUUUUUUGUUUCAUUUUGUUGUGUAUGUAUGAGUGUAUCUAUCAAUUAAGCUUAGUGUUUUGGGAAUUGGUCCUGAUCAUCUGUGAUUUCUGUGAAUGGGUUGUAAUUGGAUUUUCAUUUACUUUGGGUUUUUUUUUAUUUUGAUGAUAUACACGAUCUGG